AUGCCUGUGAAAGAAGCGGCGUUGAUGGGCUGUGGUGGCGGAGGAAUACUCCUCUGCUUGCGGCGUUUUAAUUUACCUAGUUGCAGCUGCCUUGUUUCAUUAAAGCCACAAUUAGCAAAUACAUGUGCCAUCCAACACAACUUCUCGAGUGCCUUCACCAAUCAACGCUCAUUUCUUGCCAAAACCCAUCAUAAUCCAAGACUCGGGUUCUUGCUCAGAGCCGCCGAGUCAACUCAGUCACCACCCUCCGCCACAGCAGGAACCGCCGACAAAUCCAUUGUCCCCGAUGAAGAGUUUUCGCUAGCCAAGGUCUCUUUUGGUGUCAUUGGAUUAGGCCUUGGAGUUUCACUUCUCUCUUAUGGUUUUGGUGCGUACUUUAAUAUUCUCCCGGGAUCUGAAUGGUCUGCACUGAUGCUGACAUACGGCUUUCCUCUGGCAAUCAUUGGCAUGGCUCUCAAGUAUGCGGAACUUAAACCCGUUCCCUGCUUAACAUAUUCUGAUGCUCAGAUGCUGAGGGAAAAAUGUGCAACUCCAAUUCUUAAGCAGGUAAGAAAUGAUGUUACAAGAUACCGUUAUGGGGACGAGCAGCAUCUGGAUGAAGCUUUAAAGCGUAUCUUCCAAUAUGGAAUGGGUGGUGGAAUUUCACGAAGGAGUGCACCAAUUCUGCAAAUGAUUCGUGAAGAAGUUACCGAGGAUGGUAAAUACUGUUUAGUUUUGGUGUUUGAGGCAAAAGCCCUGCAGUUGUCAGAUUUUGAACAAAGACAGGCCAAAUUUACUUCUUUCUUUGGACCAGGGAUCACAGCCGAAGUUUUGAAGGGAGAAAAAGAUUUAUACGAGGUCCGGCUAAUUUCCAAUACAACAUAG